CUUUAUAAAGACAAAGACACAAUGAAACUCGCCAUAAGCCUCUAUGCCAUAAAAAUGAAUCAACAAUACAAGGUAAAAAGGUCAUCAUCCAAGGACUACAGCAUAAUAUGUGUUGACAGUAACUGCAAAUGGUACUUCCUAGCAUCAAAACAUGGCAAAACCGACAUGUUUAAGGUCAGAAAACUCAAUGACACUCAUACAUGCUCCCUAGAAAUCAUUUAUGAAGACCAUCCUCAAGCAACAAGUGACAUAAUUGCUGAUUGCAUCAAACGAAGGAUCAUAAACCCCAAAAGAAACUACAAACCAAAUGACAUUGUUGAAGACAUAGCAGAAGAUUACAGUAUCUCCAUCUCCUACCACAAAGCAUGGAGAGCAAAAGAAAAAGCUACUUUCGACGUUAAAGGAAGCCCAUAUGAUUCAUACAAUGAAAUCCCUGGCUUCCUAUACAUGAUUCAAAAAUGCAACCCAGGUACACAAAUAAACUUAUAAUAAAACAAUUAGUAACAAAACAGUACCUGUUUCAUAAAUUAACUAUAUCAUAAUGUGUAAUAUUUGUAGGAACAAUAACAGAUCUUGUACAAGAUGAUGAGGGGAGAUUCAAAUACUGUUUCUUUGCAUUAGCAUCUUCUAUCAAAGGCUGGAAUCACUGCACACCAAUAAUAGUUGUGGAUGCAACUUUUUUGAAGAAUGCAUAUGGAGGUACUCUUAUAGUUGCUAAUGCACAAGAUGCUGACAGACAUAUAUUUCCACUAGCUUUUGCAAUAGUCGAUUCAGAAAAUGAUGCGUCAUGGCAAUACUUCAUGGAUAAACUCAAACAAACAUAUGGGAACGGGAAGAGCAAUGCAUAAUUUCAGAUAGACAUGAAAGUAUCGCCAAAUCAGUGAAAAUGGUAUUUCCCAACUUGAUGCAUGGGGUAUGUUGCUUCCAUCUAUUCCAAAAUAUAAAAUCAAGAUUUAGAAAAGGAGGAGAUGAGCUGAGAGAUGCAUUCUAUUGUGCAGCAAAAGCAUAUAAUCUUGCUGAUUUUGAAGGAUUCAUGAAAGAAAUAGACAUCAUAGACAACCGAAUUCGUCCUUACUUGACAAAUGAAGUUGGCCUCAAUAAAUGGACAAGGGUUUAUAGCACAAACAAGCGUUACUCAACAAUGACCUCAAAUAUAUCCGAAUCCGUGAAUUCAGCCUUGAAAGAAGUAAGAGAGUUACCCAUUGGCACACUACUAGAAUGUCUACGCUGCUUGGUUCAAAGAUGGACUUGGACAAACAAAAAUAGAGCUCUUGCUACACUCACAACACUAGCAAAAGGACCAGAAAAGGAACUCAAAGACAAAUUAGAUCGCAGUAAAAAAUUGCAGGUUGAAACAUCAAACCAUGCCAUAUAUACAGUCAAUGAGUUAAAAAGUUCGUACAUAGUAGACAUUCAAAAAAAGACAUGCACAUGUCAAAGAUUCCAAUAUGACGAAAUGCCAUGUUCUCAUGCAAUGGCAGUAAUAUCAAAAAGACACUUCAAAUGCUACAAUUUCUGCUCUUAUUUCUACACAAAACAAGCCUUCCUUGCAACAUACGAAGAAACUGUGUUUCCAAUAGGUGACCGAGACUCAUGGGAGUUACCUGAUCAUAUUAGACAAAUUGAAGUACUGCCACCAAAGCACAAAAGACCAGCAGGAAGGCCAAGAAAACAACGGUAUAAGACCGCAAUGGAGAAAGCAACACAGAAUCAAUGCACACAAUGCUUGAAAAGAGGACACAACCGAAGGACUUGCAAGAAUGAACCAUUGGAACCAUCCGCAAAGAGAAAAAGAUACUAAAUAGACAUUGAAUUCCUACAACUACUAAAUAAACAUGAACAAUACGUUCCAAUUACUAUCUGCAACCAAAUUUCUUAUUUUUUCAUGUAUGUUCUGUUUGAAUAAUUCAACAUCAAAUAAAGAUUUCCACAUGGAAAAUUUGAAGAUACAAUCAUAAAUCUCAUAUAAGAAACAGUUACUAAUGUGUACCUUAAUUAUAAUUAAUCUCAUAAAAAUACAGUCACUCUUCCUAUGCCAUACCCAACUGCUAAUUAUAACUCCUGUAAAAAAAAUAAAAAAUAAAUAAAUAAUAGAAUCACCUUUUUAUAAAUAAUUCAAUAAUAUCAAUCUUUAAAAAAAAAAAACCAACAUACAUACAACAAAACAUUAUAAACUUCAACAAAAAUAUCACACU